CUCUUUCAUGCGUCUUGAUCGGUUUGUCGGGGUUCUGUACUCCCUGACAUCAGCACGAGCGAUUUCGAGCGCCUCUUCGAGCACCGGCGUGGAGGAGAGAUGACUCUCUCCGCCUUAUGCUUCGCCCCCACGACAUCCCCCUUCUCUCCGCUCCGCUUCUCCUCUCUCCACGGCGCUCCUUUCCGCCUUCCGACGUUCCUCGCGACGAGGCCCCGUCGUCAUCUCUGCGCCACUCGUACGGCCCCUAAUGUCUCGCCCUCUGCGUUUUGGUCCCUGCAAGAGCUGCAUCUGGACGAGAAGGAAGCCGAGGCUCUCUUCCGGCAGCACCCGGAGCUGGAACUCGUGCCUCCGGAGUCUCUUCGCAGCCGUGUCCUCGCCUUACAGUCCGUCGGAAUCGAUGACCUCUCGCUCCGCCGGACCGUGGCCCGGCGCCCCGAGAUCCUGUCGGCUCCCGAGCUCGGGCCGUUCCUCGAGUUCGUUCGCGACGAGUUGAAGGGGCUUAAACCGGCCAAGCUGGAGCGUCUUCUGACCACGACCCAUCCCGAUUUCUUGACCGGCAUCGCUGCGAGGGUCACGCGGCUCAUGGAGCACGGCGUCCCCGGCGAGAAGUUGGGGCAUCUCCUCAACCAUGUUGACAUAAGGAAGGUGUUCUGUGAAAGGCCCCUGAAAGAUUUGGAGGAGAUGAUCCUUUUCCUGAAGCGGUUCAGCUGGCCGGACUUGGUCAUCCGUCGGCCGAUGAUUCUGAAUCUGGGCCUCCACGACCAGCUGAUCCCGAGAGUCGAGUUCCUCGCCGAACUCGGGGGCGGAGAUGAGGCAGCCGCGGCGGCCUUGAUCGCCAAAUUGCCCGCCCUCUUAUCCUACACCGUCGAGCACUUCGAGUCCCAUCUGGAGUUCUGGAGAUCCGUGGGUCUCUCCGACGAGGAGCUCUUCAAGAUAGCGCUGGUGUACCCUAACAUCUUCAGCGUCAGCAAGGAGAGGAAGCUGGGGCCUCGGGUCGAGUUCCUGAGGCAGUGCGGCAUGGACGCAGAGGACAUCUUCAGGUUCCUGGUGAAGGCUCCCCUGUACGUGAGCCUGUCCUUGAAGGACAACCUCUCCAAGAAGCUGACCUUCCUGGUGAAGAUCGGGUACAAGCACCGGACGCGGGAGCUGGCGUGGGCGGUGGGCGCGACGACCAGGACGAGCUGCGAGAACAUGCAGAGGGUGGUGGGCCUCUUCUUCAGCUACGGUCUGUCCUGCGAGGACGUGCUGGCCAUGAGCAAGAAGCACCCCCAGGUGCUGCAGUACAACCACGCGUCCCUGGAGAAGAAGAUGGAGUUCCUCAUCGGGUACAUGGAGAGGGACGUCGGGGAGAUACUGGUCUUCCCGGCAUUCCUCGGCUACAAGCUCGACGACCGGAUCAAGAAAAGGUACGAGAUCAAAAGGGCGGUGAGGGGUAAAGGCAUGUCUCUCAACAAGCUCUUGAGCGUGUCCACAGACAGGUUUUACUAAGCUUUGGACCUCAAUUUCCAUACACGAUUAAUUCACGAGUUUUUAGUUGGUUUAUAGAAACAGAUGGAUUCAGAUA